AUGGCAUUAAACCGUCCAACCGGUGCUACAGUCAUUAUCGUCGAAUGGGUUCUCGUUCUCACGGCUGCGGUCCUAAUUUCAGCCCGCCUCUACUUGCGACUUAAAAUCAAUUCACAAAGUCUUACCACCAGCGAUGUGUUUGUCCUCUUGGCCUGGUGUACAUCCGCGGCCUAUUCAUCAUGCGACACCAUCAACCUCAGCCAGGGCGUUCUGAAUCCAGACGUCGAUAUGGCUCUCAGCGGAUUUAGUCCAGAAAUAGUGCAAGCAGCCAUGAAGACUUAUUUUGCUUCAACCCUUAUCAUCGCGACAUCCUUCUAUCUUUGCAAGGCGGCCAUCUUGUCCUUCUACUUCCAACUUGUCCCGCCAGUUUUGACGACUCACAGAAUGGUUCUCUGGGCUCUUGUCGCCUUUACGGUCCUUGGCUACAUCGUCUCCAUAUUGAUAUAUGUGAUUUGGACGGUUCCCGUGCACUGCAAUUGGUCCUUCAAUGACACCUGCAAUGUCUUGAUCAGCGCCAUGGAUAUCUUCCGGAUCGGGUGGGCUAUACAAUUUGCGGGCGAUAUCUUCAUCUUCAUAUUCCCGUUAUCUAUCUAUAGAGGCAUUCAAAUGGAUCGCCUUGUCAAGAUUGGCGUGUAUCUGAUUUUCGCACUCGGCGUCGUCAACAUCUCCUUCUGCCUAUCAAGAUUUUUAAUGAUAGAGCUCGACUAUGUCAAGGGCACAAAAAGCAGCUCCCUCACACUUUCGGCUCUCUGGGUUGAUGUCGACUUAAACGUCGGCCUGAUAAUUGCAUGCCUUCCAUCUCUGCGGCCGUACCUACGCAUGAUGCAGUCCGGCUCGCGCUCGGAAACCCCCGAGUUGGAGUUAAACAAGCACACGGUGCGGAAGAGCCGACCGUCGGUGAAGGAUCGCUUCCCUAGGAGCAAGGGUGGGUUCGAGGCAACGAAUAAAAGUCUCACCCCAUUAGAUUUAGAGGCGCAGGCGGAAUGGUAUCAUGAGUACAUGAGCAGAACUGAACCCUCAAAUAGGGCAAAUAGCGGGAGGAGCUUAGGCAGUGACGUUGAGCUAGUCGAUGCCGGACGCCAGACGAAUUAA